AUUUCAAAAUGAUAGAACAGUAAAUUGUACUAACCAAUCGAAAUGACUUUCUUAACUGCAUGGAUUGUUUUUUAAUCAAGUUUCGUGCAAUUUUCAUGUAUGUGUAUACUUACUGCGGAAGUUGAUGAUACUUAUGAAUGUCAUUUAGAAUAAAGAUCACGUCUAAGAUGUUCAAUGUAAUAAUUUCAUACUUAUAUAACUUUUCCAUGAUCGACUAUUUUAUGGUUUACAAAUGAAAUGGGAACUCUUGUUGGUCAGUGGUACAAUUUAGGAAACAACUGUACUGGAUCCCUUGGAGAAUUAAAUCAUUGUGGAUACUCAUUAAAAACCAGCGAUAGUUUGAGUGAACACAAUUGGGACAGUGAAUUCAAAAAUUUAUCAUAUCCAUUUUGGAUGUCCAAUAGUAAUCUAACUAUAGAUCUUGAUGAAAGAUCAUUAAAAACAUCAUUUAUGAAUAGUAUGAUUUUGGAUAUGCAAGAUUUUUCUAAAACAGAUAUUUUCACAGAAACAUCGAAUAAUCACCAUCAUCAUCAUCAGACUGCUACAAAUUUGCUUAGUUUAACACAAUUGCUAGGAUUAAGCCGUUUAUUACAUUUCAUUAUGUGUAAAUCACGUCAAACUGAUACUACUGAACGUGUUGAUCAUACAAAUCAAUGUUCAUUUACAGAUUAUAUUUUUGCACAAUCUCAAUUAGAACGAAAAGCUAGAAGACGUAGUCAUUAUCCUGUAUUUAAAACUUUCUCCUAUUCUAAUUCAUUAAAUGCUAGUUUAACAUGUGUCAAUGAAGCGACUACAAUUACAGAUCAUUAUGCUUCGAAUUGGAAUACAUUGGGUGCCUAUUGUAGUAGUCUACGACAUAAACGUCGUCAUUGUAAUAGUGAAAGUGGUUUAUAUUUACCAGAAGCCAAUAUAUCUACAAUACUUUUACAAGAUAUUGAAAAUACAUCAAAUGAAAAUGACACUAAAGAGAAUGAACCACAUUUAACUAGUUCUGUGACAACACUGUUAGAAUCAUCCGAAGAAAUACAAACUAUCUCAACAAAUGCAAAUUUAGACAUGAACAAUUCUAAUGAAUUGAAUACGAGUAACAAUAAUGAAAAUACAUGUACAAUUUAUCAACAAUCUGAAGAUAAUAAUAAUAAUAAUAAUAAUUGUCUUACAACUACAAAUGAAUUAUUAGUCAUAGUAAAUACACAUGAAAAUCUAAUUGAAUUCUCAUCAUCUAUUGAUAAUCAAAAUACUAAUUGUAUAAAAAAUGAAUUGAAUAAUGAAGAAUUACCUUUAGUAAUUAAUAUUACCAAUUCAAUUGAAGCAGAUGAUACAUCUAGAUUAUUACAUAUACAUUCUUCUGUAAAUAAUACAACAUCUGUAAAUAUGAAUAAUAAAUCAAUUACACGUUCAUCAACAAUGAAAUUGAAUAAAUCCGUAUCAUUUGCUGAUGAAGUUGGCAAAUCAUUAACUGAAACAUUUAUAUUGCAUAAUCAUGAUGUUGAUGAAGAUGAAUUAUGUCAUGGGAUUUCUUCAGUAUACGAUAGUUUUGAAAAUCUCAAUUUUGGCUCAAUAAAACCGCACAAAUCAUUGGAUACUCCAUAUAAACAACGUUCAUCGAAAUUUCAAAUAUUUUACGGUGAUGAAUAUUUCAAGACGGAAUUCAAGCCGAUCACCUUGAAUCCAUGUGAAAAAAAAACUAAUCAUAAUGAAUUGAUUAAAUCAAAAAAUUCUUUCAAUACUACUACUGAUAUCGAAUCAUCAUCACAUUACAUAUGGAGUUUAACAUUUUCUCAACCAGCUUCACGUUAUUAUGAAUUUCGUCAAAAACUUGAACAAAAUAUUGUUUCAUUAGAAAGUAUUAAUCUUACUCAAUCAUCAUCAACUGAUCUUCCAUCAUUUUCAUCUGAUGUUAAACUCUCUGGUACAAUAAGAGUUAAAAAUAUUUGUUUUGAAAAAUUUAUAUAUUUACGUCUAACUAAAAAUAAUUGGCAAACUUAUACAGAUUAUCAAGCAGUGUAUAGUUCACAACUGUCAUCAGGUACAUGGUCUGGACCGAAACGUUAUGAUACAUUUAUAUUUAAUAUUACAAUUAAAUCAGAUCAACAACCAUAUUUUGAUGUGAAUGAUAAAAUUGAAUUUGCUAUUUGUUUUAUUGCAUCAAACAAUGAUAAUCAUAAAACAGAAUAUUGGGAUAAUAAUGAUCAUAAGAAUUAUAUUAUUGAACAACGUAAACAUCAUCAUCCAAUCUAUAUGAUGAAUAUGUUAAAUGUUGACAGUGAUCAUUCAAAUGAUCAUUCUUUAUCAUUAUCGUCAUCAUUCAAUAAUAAAUCGAUUACAUCAUCACCAUCAUCAUCAUCAUCUAGCAUGGAUAAAACAUUAAAUUUAAAUAUUGAACAUUGUACCAUUGAAUCGACGAAUAUGCCUCCGCCUUCAUCGUACACCCUGGAUUAUCGACCGAAUUUCGAUGGUUUCACUUCAUUCACACAUUAUCGAGCAUGGAGUCAUUUUGCUGGUGAAAUAAAUUAUUAUUAAUAAUAAUUUUCUCAUUGAAUAGUUUUCUAAUGACAACUAAUGAUCAUCAUCAUAAUCAUAAUUAAAAUAAUAAUAAUAAUAUUAAUAUUGAUUAAUUUUUUCUCCUUUUUUUCCCUUCACCUACCACUUACAUAAUAUUUUGUGUGUACAUUUUUAGUAAUAAUUUACUAUCUAUCUAACUAACUAACUAACUAACUAACUAACUAAUUAAUUGACGAGACUAGCAAUCACAUCAAUAAUAAUUUAAUGUAAUUUCAUUUUUUUUAUUUUUAAAAAAAUUCAUUUAUUUAUUUAUUAUUUAGAAAUGAUUCAAAUAAUUUCUUGUUUUGUUUUUUUCAUUUUCAAAAUUAUUUUUUGUGAACAAAUAUAUUUUUUUCUAUGAAAAAAAAACACAACAAAGAAACAAGAAACAAAUUGGGAAAAUUCGAAAAAAAAACCCGCGCGCCCGCCAGAUCGACCUCCUUUUUACGCCUUCUUUCUUUCUUUCGAAAAGAGCCGAAAAAAAUAAAAUAGCUGUAGAGAGAGAGACAGAUGCUUGAAUGUUUUGUUUUCAAUGUUCAAUGUUCAACAGUUAUUGUUCUUGUUUCUUUGUAACUUUUUUCGCUCUCUCUCUCUUUGUUAUUAUUAUUAUUAUUUUUUGCAUUUGAAUGUUUGUUUUGAUUUCGUUUCUCCCUCGCUUUUUUCUCGUUGCUUAAUUUUGUUUGUGUUUUGUUUUUUGUAGUUAAAAAACAUGAAAAUGAUAGAGUUCGUUUAGUUUGCCAUUUCUUUUUUUAUUGCAUAAUUUCUAAUAUUUUUAACAAAAAUAAAAAACAAACAAAAAAAGUUUAAAAGCACAAAAACACUAAUGUUGCAAAUGUAAAAUGCCCAAGAGUAAUAAAUAUUAUAAUAUA